AUGGAACAGAUGACAGCAGCAAUGAUCAGUGUUGUGAUCUCGAGCGACGGCAACAUCAGGAAGAAAGCUCAUGAGAAGCUAGAGAGAUACCAAGGACUGAGAGGGAAAAACUGGAUGGGAUGUGGAAGGACGACUCUCCUCCCACGGCGUCCCAACACCAACUGGGAGCCUGUCACCUCGCCUAUGCUGGGACGACGGAGUGCAGAUGUCCGUGGCGGGAACAGAGGUUCCGUUUCUCCGCGGGAGGAUUUGGACCGGACCAUUGCUGCCUUCGAAACUGUCGAGCAGCUCUCCUCCAAACCCUGAACCCGGGAGCUCCAAACCCUGAACCCGGAGACAUGGAGACAAGACCUGGACUCCAUCUACACACAGACUCACAUUCAGUACAGGUCCAGGUCCUAUCAACUCGCUAGCAGGCAUAAUAAAGUUGACCUCGACCGCCUCAAUGACGACGUGAAGCGGUACAGCUGCACGCCCCGGAACUACUCGGUGAACCUCCGCGAGGAGCUGCGCACCAACGCCGUCUUCUUCCCUCGCUGCCUCCUGGUCAAACGCUGCGGAGGGAACUGCGCCUGUGGGACCGACAACUGGAACAGCGGCUGCAGCUGUCAGGCUGCCAAGACCUCGCUCAAGCUACACGAGGUACUGAAGUAUGCUCCGGAAGUGACCGGGUACCAGCGGCACCGGAGGCCCCGGCCCCGCUGGGUCAUCGACGAGAUCUUCCUGGCGCACCACGACAACUGCGAGUGCGAGUGUCCCUCCAGGCCCCCUCGCUGAGACACUCGCCCACGCUCCGACACCCCCCACCCCCCCACCCCCGGGACUUCUGAAUGAGCUGAUCUUCUUUCAUGCAUCUUUACUAUACAUGGACUUGACAUUCAGCAAUGCACAGGAACACACACACACACACACACACACACACAGACACACACAGCUGGUAACGGCCAAUAACCUGUUUGCAAAUAUAAACCUCAUGAAUACUUACGUACAAGUCUUAUGCCUUUGAGUACACCAACACAUACCCCCACCUUAGGACACACAAAUUCACAACCCCUCUUUCCCGCCCUGUGCACAACCCUCGUUACACACACCGCCGGGCGAGACCCCGCGGCCCUUCCCAGACAGAGGCGUCUCCGCGCUGAAGCUCAGCGUCCCUCGGACUCUGCUCAGAGGACCACGGAAAGGCUGCUCUGUGCCCCGGCGGGUCCUUCAGACCCCAGCUGGGUUCGCUUCCUGUUCUGGCUCGCUCAGGAGACGGCUUUUCAUUACCGUUCGUUAUUGGAAAAAGAAAUCUUUCAAAGUUGCUGAUGAGCCCAGCUCGUUGAGAGACACCGUUGUGUGGACGGAGGCUGAUUCACGUGUUCCUUUAUCCCCCGUUAAAUCAAUCCCGGUUUGGUUGAAUUGAAACGCAGUUGACCCCUGACCCUAUGUAAACACAGAAUCUUACGGGGCUUUACUUUAUUUUCCCCCCUCAUUUGCGCGUGUCAGUCAGUGUCGAGACGUGUUGAAGUGUGUUUGACUGCUGCUGUCUGAGGAGCGAUUGUGCUUUUCCUGCUGAGGCACGGCGAGAUGAUGGCGUGUAAAAGACAAACGGCGGUGGGGAGAUGGAGGCGGUGGGGAGAUGGAGGCGGUGGAGAGAUGGAGGCAGUGGAGUUUGUCAGCGAACCCCACCCUUCACCCUGUGCACUAGCCGCAGCCUGCAAACCCUCAAACGAGCACAAGCACGCUCACCCACACACACAUGCACACCCAUACACACA